AUGUCUGCUGCCAACAGCAUCAAGGUCGUGGCACGGUUCCGGCCGCAGAACCGCAUAGAGCUGGAGUCGGGAGGUAAACCGAUCGUCACGUUCGACUCGGAGGAAACAUGUACUCUCGAUUCGCGCGAAGCGCAAGGUAGCUUCACCUUUGACAGGGUCUUUGACAUGGGAUGCAAGCAACAGGACAUUUUCGACUUCUCCAUUCGCCCAACAGUCGACGACAUUAUCAACGGUUACAAUGGCACCGUCUUUGCCUACGGCCAAACGGGUGCCGCCAUGAUGGGCUCGAAUAUCGACGACGAGGAGGGCAGGGGAGUUAUCCCACGCAUUGUCGAGCAAAUCUUCGCCAGCAUUAUGUCGAGCCCUGAAACCAUCGAGUACACUGUUCGAGUUAGCUACAUGGAGAUCUACAUGGAGAAGAUUCGCGAUCUUCUCGCGCCACAGAACGACAAUCUUCCUGUCCACGAGGAGAAGAACCGUGGUGUCUACGUCAAGGGGCUUUUGGAGAUAUAUGUGUCAAGCGUUCAGGAAGUGUACGAAGUCAUGCGACGAGGCGGCAAUGCUCGCGCUGUGGCGGCCACCAACAUGAACCAGGAGUCCUCUCGCUCACACUCGAUUUUCGUCAUCACCGUCACUCAGAAGAAUGUUGAAACAGGUUCGGCCAAGAGUGGUCAGCUUUUCUUGGUCGAUCUGGCUGGUAGCGAAAAGGUCGGCAAAACGGGCGCCAGCGGUCAGACUCUGGAAGAGGCAAAGAAGAUCAAUAAGAGUUUGAGUGCUCUUGGUAUGGUCAUCAACGCCUUGACCGACGGCAAAUCCUCCCAUAUCCCGUACCGAGAUUCCAAGCUCACUCGUAUCCUUCAAGAGUCUCUGGGUGGUAACAGUCGAACGACUUUGAUCGUCAACUGCUCACCCAGCAGCUAUAACGAUUCCGAGACCAUUGGUACUUUGCGUUUCGGUACAAGAGCAAAGUCGAUCAAGAACAAGGCCAAGGUCAACGCCGAACUCAGCCCUGCCGAGCUCAAGACACUCCUCAAGAAGGCACAGGGCCAAGUCACCAACUUCGAGAACUACAUCGCAAACUUGGAGGGCGAAAUCAACCUGUGGCGUGCCGGUGAACAGGUCCCCAAAGAGAACUGGGCUCAGCCUGGCGCUGCCGGUGCUGUAGUCAAAGCUGAGGCGAGGCAACCCAGGCCCUCGACACCCUCCAGAUUUGUUCCAGACAGCCGCGCCGAAACCCCGAUCCCCUCUGAGCGCUCUGGCACGCCGAGUAUACCACUGGAAAGGGACGAACGCGAGGAGUUCUUGAGGCGGGAGAACGAGCUGCAGGAUCAGCUUGCCGAAAAGGAGUCGAUGGCUACGACUGCCGAGAAGCAGCUGCGCGAGAUGAAGGAGGAGCUAGGCUAUAUCAAGGAGCACGACAGCAAGGUCGGAAAGGAGAACGAGAAGCUGACGGGCGAGGUCAAUGAGUUCAAGAUGCAGCUCGAGCGCCUCAACUUUGAAGGCAAGGAGGCGCAGAUCACCAUGGAUGCGCUGAAGGAGGCCAACGCGGAGCUGACGGCAGAGCUUGACGAGGUCAAGCAGCAGCUUCUGGAUGUCAAGAUGAGCGCCAAGGAGAGCGGUGCCGCCAUGGAUGAGAAGGAGAAGAAGAAGGCUGAAAAAAUGGCCAAGAUGAUGGCUGGAUUCGAACUCGGCGGCGAUGUCUUCAGCGAUAAUGAGCGGUCCAUCGGCGAGGCCAUCUCCAAGCUCGACGCACUGUACGAGCAAAGCUCUGUUGGCGACAACAUUGCCCCCGACGAAUUGAAGGCGCUGAGGGCCAAAAUGGUCGAGACGCAAGGCAUUGUGCGGCAGGCUGAGCUGUCCAUGUACAGUGCUGGAUCUAGCGACAUGGACGCCCGCCGCAGGCAAGAGCUCGAGUCGAGGCUAGAGGCUCUCCAGCAAGAGUAUGAGGACUGUCUCACGCGCAACCUGGGCGAGAGUGACGUCGAGGAGGUCAAGGCGCGCCUGGAGCACGUAUACCACAAUCGCCAGACGACCCAGGGACAAUUGGUCGACGAGCUCAAGGCCGACAUUUCCCAGAAAGCAGCCGAAAACACGCGCAUGAAGACCCUCAUCGAAGAUCUCCAGCAGCGUGCCAAGUCUAGCGGGGGCUCGGCAGCGACCAACGGCAAGACGGUGCAGCAACAGAUUGCCGAGUUUGAUGUCAUGAAGAAGAGUCUCAUGCGAGAUUUGCAGAACCGCUGCGAGCGUGUGGUCGAGCUUGAGAUCUCCCUGGACGAAACUCGCGAGCAGUACAACAAUGUGCUGCGCUCGUCCAACAACAGGGCGCAGCAGAAGAAGAUGGCAUUUUUGGAGCGCAACCUCGAGCAACUUACCCAGGUGCAACGGCAGCUGGUCGAACAGAACUCGGCGCUCAAGAAGGAGGUGGCCAUUGCAGAGCGCAAGCUGAUUGCUCGCAAUGAGCGUAUUCAGAGCCUGGAGAGCUUGCUGCAAGACAGCCAAGAGAAGAUGGCAGCUGCGAACCACAAGUUUGAGGUGCAGCUCGCCUCCGUCAAGGAGCGUCUGGAGAGUGCCAAGGCUGGCAGCACGCGUGGUCUAAACCAGGCGGGCGGCGGCUUCAGCUUCGCAGGUGCAGGCAGCCGCAUCGCGAAGCCCCUGCGCGGUGGAGGCGGCGACGCGCCCGCUGUGAACCCGACCAUACAGACGAUUCAGAACGAGAGCGGUAAUGGCAACAGCGGAAACAAGCGAUCAAGCUGGUUCUUCAACAAGGGUUAG